AUGCGGCCGGCGGGAAGCUUCCAUGCGCAUGACUUUGAAUGGGAAGAGUUGGCGGUGACGUGUCGCGCACAACUAGCUGCUGCUGGUAAUGCCAGCGCCAAGAAUGAAGACGAAUCCGACGUGGCGAGCGGAGCGGCGACGGUGGAGGAGGAGGUGCAUACUGGCGACGAGCUCGGCGUGUUGGCCCAGGGGUAUUGGGAUGUCUUUCACGCCAAGAACAAUGGCAAGGUCUACAAGCCACGGAACUACCUAAGCAAGGAAUUCCCCGACCUCCUCACAGCAAGGAACGUGCUGGAAGUCGGAUGCGGUUACGGUAGUGCGAUUUUCCCGCUGCUCGCGGAAUGUCCCUCCAUGCAUGCCCACGUGUUCGAUUUUAGUCCCCAUGCCAUCAGCAUCCUCAAGGCGAAUCCACUGUACGAUGCCGCACGGUGCUGCGCUUACGUGUGCGAUCUCGUGGCCGACGCCGACCUGGGCGUUCCAGACGCGUCGAUGGAUGUGGUGUUGAUGGUGUUUGUCCUGUCGGCGAUCCCCCCCACGUCGUUUGCAAACGUCAUGCAGAAAGUCCAUCGCGCGUUAAAACCAGGUGGGGUCGUGUGCUUUCGAGACUACGGGCUGUACGACCUGGCCAUGAUGCGAUCGACCAAGAAAGUCCAUGCGACGACUCGGCAUGUUGACCAUGUCGAUGGGAAAAGGGGAGACGGUGGCGACAAGCAUGUGUACUACCGCGGCGACGGCACCCUCGCCACGUUCUUUUCGAUUCAAGACCUAUCAUCGUUGUUUGAGGGUGGUGGUUUUGGCGUUGUCGAGAACGAAUACUGUACCGUGCGGCUGCGGAACCGACGGACACAGACCAACAUGGACCGCGUGUGGUUGCAACAUUCCGCAUUUUCGACGCGGGAGAUGUACGAUGUGGACAUGGACUGCUACGAGGACGACGGUCGCGAUGUGGACAGGAAACGGACGCUGAGUGAACAUGAAGCGGUGGUGGAACAUCAGCUCAAACGCCUCAAGAUCAACCAUCAUCAUGCCAUGAACUCGUCAAAUCCUCCGUCUAUGGAACUCCACCUCGCCAACACGCAUGGGGAUGCCCCAAAUACACAGCACGACGUCAACUAUGCGCACGUCAACCACCUCCUCCGAGAAAUGCAUUACCUUCGGGAAAUGAGAAGGCAACAGGCAGUCGCCCCACGCUUGUACUAAUAAGAUCGUAUCCAUUCUUAUCCAA